AUGAAAGAAUUACACUUAUUGUCUCAGUCAAACUACAGGAAUAUCACUGAGGUUCCCAACUCUAUUGGAAAUUUGUUACACCCGCGGUACUUAAAUCUUUCUUACACUAAGAUUGAAAGGUUGCCUUCAGCAACAUGCCAGCUUUACAAUCUGCAAUUCUUAUUGGUGUCGGGCUGUAAAAGGCUCUCUGAGUUGCCAGAGGACAUCGGAAAAUUGGAUAAUCUACGCCACCUUGACGUCAGUGGGAGUGCAUUGAGGGAGAUAGCCAUACAAAUUGCCAAACUAGAAAAUCUCCAAACUUUGUCCGACAUUGUUGUUAACAAACAUAAUGGUGGGUUGAAGGUUAGAGAGGUAGGAAAAUUUCCCCACCUACAGGGAAAACUUUCCAUUUCACAACUACAAUAUGUCAAUGACCCCUUUGAAGCUUCUCUAGCCAAUAUGACGAUGAAAGAACAAAUAGAUGAGUUAGCUUUAGAAUGGGACUGUGAAGAUGCGUCUCAAAAGAGUCUCUCAUUUCUUAGAAGCAUCAAAAUAUGGGAUUGUAAUGAAUUGGAGUCAUUUUCCCCCGUUGGAUUGGCCACUCCAAACCUCAUUUAUUUUGCAGUGUGGAAGUGUGAGAAGCUUUCUUCACUACCAGAAGCAAUGCACAAUCUAACUGCCCUUCAAGAAAUAGAAAUUGAUAAUCAACCAAAUCUUCGAUCUUUUGUCAUAAAUGAUUGGCCUAUUAGUUUGAAGGAACUGACUGUUGGCUUUGUUGGAGAGAUUUUGUGGAAUGCUGACCCAACUUGGGAACAUCUCACUUGUCUCUCAGUGUUGCAAAUUAACAGCGAUGAUACAGUGAACGCGUUGAUGGGGCCAUUGCUACCCGCUUCUCUUGUGAAAGAAACUAUGCAUUUGUGGUCUAAACGCUACAGGCAUUGA